CUCGCUGUGUGUCCACGUGAGGAGCAGUGCUGCCUGUUAGCAACUAGCUAAAGAGAAAACAUGCUUCGUCGAGAGGUGAGACAGAGGCGGGAGUACCUGUACAGGAAGGCGCAGGAGGACAGACAGCGGACAAUUGAAGAGAAGAAAGAGAAGCUGAAGGGUGCUCUCGAUGAAAAUCGUCUCCUUCCAACCGAGGUACGCAAAGACGCUCUGCAGUUACAGAAACUACUGGAAUAUGAUGAUGAAGGUGCAGAAGGUGUCAGCUCACACAUGGAUGACGAGUACAAAUGGGCCGGAGUGGAAGAUCCCAAAGUCAUGGUCACCACGUCCAGAGACCCCAGCUCCAGACUCAAAAUGUUUUCAAAGGAAGUAAAGCUGAUGUUCCCUGGAGCUCAGCGUAUGAACAGAGGAAACCAUGAGAUCUCCUCUCUGGUGCAAGCCUGCAAAGCCAACAACGUUACCGACCUCGUCAUCUUGCACGAAACAAGAGGACAGCCAGAUGGCCUGGUAGUGUGCCACUUGCCAUUCGGACCCACCGCUUACUUCACACUUUACAGCGUGGUAAUGAGGCACGACGUUCCAGACAUAGGCACCAUGUCCGAGGCCUACCCACACCUCAUCUUUCACAACUUCUCCUCGCGGCUCGGCAAGAGGGUGUCGAAUAUCCUCAAGUAUCUUUUUCCAGUGCCGAAAGACGACAGUAGGCGCGUAAUGACAUUUGCCAACCAAGAUGACUUCAUCUCUUUCAGACAUCACACCUACAAGAAAACAGACCACAAGAACAUUGAGAUGACAGAAGUGGGACCCAGGUUUGAAAUGAAGUUGUACAUGAUCAAACUCGGCACCCUGGAGAACGAGAGCACAGCGGAUGUGGAGUGGCGUCAUCACGCAUACACACACACGUCAAAGAAAAGGAGGUUCCUCAGUGUGCAAUAGGAACUAAUAAAGAAUAACCAAACUGUUGUCUAAAGGGGCUUUUGGACUAUGUUUUAAAAACACCUAAAGGUGCAGUGUGUAAGACUUAGAGGCAUGUAGCAUAACGGACCUGGCAGAAAUGGAAUAUAAUAUUUAUGUUUUUAAAUAUUGUAUAAUCAACUGAAAAUAAGAAUUGUUUUGUUUUCAUUGCAUUAGAAUGAGCCCUUUAUCUACAUAGGGAGCGGGUCCUCUUCCACAGAGUCCACCAUGUUUCUACAGAGGCCUAGAAUGGACAAACCAAACAUUGGCUCUAAAGAGGGCUUUUCAUGGUUUUCAGCCACUGUACAUUCUGCUGUAUGCUUGAAAGGGAGGGGGUUGGGGGGUAUUCAGUUUUUUGUAAUGUGCAACCUCACUGUGAGAUACCUCUAAAUCCUACACACUGGUCCUUUAAAAUGAAAAGUCCGGUUUUGUACCCUAUCUUGUAUAUGUUUAAGUCAAGUUUCAUUAUGACUAUCAUUCAUCCAGUAAUCAAUCAAACUGCACCUAUAGCUAUUAUAAGUGACAGUAUUUUUCAAGUAAAUCAAGGUUUAUUUUUUGUUUGUUUUUCCUUACAGACACAUUGUUUAACAAAGACCUAAUAAUGCAUACUGUAUUGUGUGUAUUCUAAUUAUUUUAUAAUAAAGUUGUUUCUCAUCACUU